AGUCUGCUACCUUUUCUAUUUCAAGCCUAGUCUUCUUAGCAUUAAACUUAUUUCGGACUGACUUUCAAUUUCAAAAUAUAUUUAAGAUGUCAGAUAUCAACUUGGUUGCCUAUAACGUCUUCCGACGCGAUCUGGCCAAAAUCUUUAGGACUUUCAAUUCCUCUACGCAAACCGAUUUUACUGACGACAUUGGAACCAGCACUGAAUUUGAUUUGAAGUCUUCUUCGGAAAUAACUCUUUCUAAACUUUACGACCUAGAACUGGAUUAG